AUGGCUGCUGAUUCAAAUUCUGUUAAAGAUAAAGAAAAAAUUUAUCCAUCAUUUACUGAACUUCGUAUAUAUCCAUCAUUCACUGAAGUUCGUGAAAAAUUCACUGCACCACAAAAUUUUAAAAUUUACUUCCCACGUGAAGUAUAUGAUCAAAUCGUCAAGGGAAGCCUUAGUGUUGAAGGCAUUGAUGUAAUCAGUCAAAAUUGUGUUACAAAAGCAAACAAUUUAGAAAAUCAAAUUGUUUUUAUUCGCCGCGCACGCGAACAACCAAUUGAAUGUCAAGUCAUUCGUUCAAGCGAUCUAUUAUUAAAAGAAGUUAAAACCGGUCGAUUUAUUCGUGCUCAAAAUCAUGAGCUUGAAUACGUUAAUAUUCCUGAAGAAGAAGGAACUGAAGUUACAUUUGCUUUAAAACAACUAGGCGAUGCAACACUUUCAUAUCUUAUUAAUGGAAUUCAGUGGUCACCACGAUAUAAUUUAAAAGUCGGAACCGAUGAUCACUCAUUUGAAGCAUGGGCAGAUAUGACAAAUAAUACAAAACGUGAUUAUCAAAUCAAACGUACCGAGCUGUUCGGUGGUGAUGUUCAUCUACAACAAUCACCUCGUGCUUAUGGAGGAUAUUGCGCUCGUAGUUGUUGUAUGAAGUCAUGCUGCUGUUGUGCUGAUUCAGCUCCAACAAUCGCCGCCGAAGGAGAAUUAGCUGGAAUAUAUUGGUAUUCGAUUGAUCAACCAUUUACAUUGGCUCAGCAAUCAACAUUUGCCCUGCCAUUUGUGAAACCAAAUAUUAAAUUAGAAAAAUAUGCUGGACUAACAAAUUAUUUUCAAGAACAAACGCAAAAAGGAAAAUUUCAAAGAAAAUAUCGUAUUGAAUCGGAUAGCUUUUUACCUAAAGGUACUGUUACCGUUCGAGAAGAUGGACGAGUAGUUGGACAAGCACAAUUAACGGAUUUAUCACAAGGCGAAAAACAAGACUUAGAUUGUGGCAAUGAUCCCGAUGUUAGUUUUACGCGUCAAGUUAAAAUUUUAUCGCAAAAACGUGAAUCAGCUUCUUAUCGUAUUACCUUAACGAUUAAAAAUGCUAAGGCAAGAAUCGUUAAAUAUGAAUAUAAAGAAAUUAUUUCUUCAGCUAAAUUUACAAUCAACCCUAUCAAUGACAAUGAAGUAUUGGACAAUAAAAUUCAAUCGAUUAGUGAAGGAAUACAAAUUAUUGGCGAAGAAUUACAAGCUAACAGCGAGCAAACCUUUCACUAUGAAAUUUUACUUGAAUAUCGCGAUACUCAACCUCACCAAUGUUAA